GGUCACUUUGACACUGCGUAGCCUAUAUUCUAUAUAACCAUUGUGGAAAAAAAUAUCAACACUUGUUAAUCGUGAGUAUGGCUGGAGUGUCAGUCGUUAUUGCUACAUUUAGUUAAAAAAUAUAUGUGAACACGUCAGUGUCUGUAAUAUUGGAUGUAUUUAUAUAAACUUCAAUAACAAUAAUUUGAAAUAUCGACCAUACGCAGUUGCAUUAAUAGAAGACCGGGUCAUUUAAAUCUAGUGUCAAACUGUUUGAAAACAAAUAUGUGAUUCAUUUUACCUUAUAUUUUAAACUAGGGUUCACAAUUAUUUUACAGGAUUUUUUAAACAGCAACGAUGCUUUUGACAUAGCAUAAUCUGAAAGAGACUAUAUGAACUGUUUUGAGCAUACCAUUCUUCUACCUUAAAGAUGCCUCCACCUAAGAAGCCAAAGGUUGGUCGGACAUCUCUCGAACAGUUUUUGUCUGAAGAUGAGCGGCUUAAUGCCAAAGAUACCAGUCGCUUUCAAAUGGACUCUGAAGGUCACAGUCCUACAGAAUCCAUCGAAGAAGGGUCGGAUGGCGAGGUCUUUGUGCCAAAUAACGGACACGUUAGUUCCGAGGAACAUUUUAAAUCGACUGCUAAAGAAGGCCAAGAAAGUUUAUUUCAGAAAUUAUUCCGAAAGACGAGCUUAGAUGAGCAAAAGGUCCCGGGUAGUCCGGAACAAGAUACGAUAUCUGCCCGGGAAGCGGGUGUUAAAGUAGGUGCGUUUACUGCAUAUCAGGAUCAUUUAAGGCUCCAGUUGGAAAAAAGGCGGGAAACUGGGAUUAAAAGCGAAUGUAUUUCACCGAGACAAGAAAAUCAUGAAAUGUAUGAUCGUGUUGAAAACGAGGGUUCAUUCGAGCCAAGCUCGCCCCCGCGGCCGAAGAUAACGCAUGAUCAAGGACGAUUAAUAGACACUUUAGUGGCAUCAGCGCUGGCAAGCAGUGCGGCACAGUCCAUUAUUUAUGGUGGUAAAUCGUCUCAAAAGGCUAUUGCCUCAAUGGCUAGUCUGGCACAAGGACAGAAAAACUCUUUUAGCACGUGCGCGACACAGGCAUACGAAACUGAGCCCCACGACUUAUCAAAGAAAGCAGAAAUGACUGGGAAACUCCUCAAUCAUAGACUCUUUGAACAGUUUUCAAACACACGUGAUACAGAAAGGCUACAAAACGCUUAUCGUGAAUGGGCGUUGCGGCAAAAUAAGGAAUUAACAUUUGAGAGAAGUCAGCAUUAUUUAGACACACAUCGUCGGAUAGUUGGACUUCUGUCGGAAAGCGGUGCCGAGGGCCAGCGCAUAACGCCCCCUCAUUGUGAAAAGGAAAAUAUAGUUCAGGCUGUGCCUGCUCGAUACCCAAAUGGCUUCAUCAACCGCGCAGGUCUUAAUGGAGUCGCUAGUGGAUACCAAAGAUUCGAGCAUCAACAAAGGGAUUCUAUAGAGAGAACAGUGCCGAAGGUAGAGGACCAAACGUGUAUGAUUUCUGUCGGUAACUACAUGCCAGUCCAGUCAAUGAUGCCACCGACUGCAGUCUCGAUGAAUCAGAGUCCCACGUCCACUACUAUGGAUCAUUUGGACCCACGAGAUAGGUAUCAUCCAGCACUGAUGAGUCCACAUUUUCUGGCUGACUCUAGAAGAAUGAAGGCAGAGACCUCACAUGGUGGCAAUGUGAAUAAACUAUGCCAGGUUUGCAGUGAUAAUGCCUCUGGUUUUCAUUAUGGUGUUUGGUCCUGCGAGGGUUGCAAAGCUUUCUUCAAACGAAGCAUUCAAGGUCCAGUAGAUUAUGUUUGCCCUGCCACAAACACAUGUACAAUUGACAAACAUAGGCGGAAAAGUUGUCAGGCAUGUAGACUUCGAAAGUGUUACGAGGUUGGAAUGAACAAAGGAAGUCAAAGGAAAGAACGUAAAUCGACAGGUGCUUCACAAAACAAAUCUCCUAAACGACCAAGAUCAGAUUCUGGUGACAGUAUGAACAACGGUGUAGAUAGUAGUCCAACACCAGCCAAGAAUUCAAGAAAGUCUCGUACUACACUGAUCAUUGAAGCAUUGAGUAAAGCAGAUUUACCGAAUCUGGAAAGUUAUCAUAAUCACAGCAUGCCACCCACACGCACGCAUUUGCUCACUUCUUUUGUUAAACUUGCAGAGAAAGAACUUGUCUUUUUGAUCAACUGGGCAAAAAAUGUUCCAGGCUACUCAGAGUUAAGUUUAGGGGAUCAAGUUCAUCUUAUAGAAUGCUGUUGGAUGGAAUUGCUCUUACUUAAUUGUGCCUUUAGAUCCAUGGAACACUGUGGUCGCAGGCUUGUCAUAGCACCAGAUCUAAUCUUGGAAAGACCGUACUGGUCAAUACUGGGAAUGGCUGAUGUUUUGGAGCACGUUGCAGCAAUCUCAGAUCAACUUGUGCAAUAUAAUCUUCGUAAUGAAGAGCUCUUGUUGCUACAGGCAACAGUUCUUGCCAAUGCUGAGGUAAGAAAAUUGGCAAGUUUCAGCAAAUUACAAGAAAUACGACAAAAUAUUCUGGACAGUUCUGUUGACAUUGCACAAAAAUAUCAUCCAGACAAUUUGCGUCAUGUGCCGUCCCUUAUCUUAUUACUGACCCAUAUUAGACGGGCCGCAGAGAGGGCCACUUUGUACUUUCAAAGUGUGAAAAAAGAAGGAGUAGUGCCCUUCUGUGACCUGUUGACUGAAAUGUUGGAUGCGCAGUCGGAAGAUAAAAAGCAGAGCCUAUCUAGUGAUUCAUAGUUUCAGUGUGCUUCACCUUAAAGGAUGAAAUCUGUAAAGAAACAGUAGCUGUUAGUGUGUAUCCUCAUAGGGCAUUU